AUGAAGACAACGUGUGUUUGCCUGUUCGCCUUUGUUGCAUUGGCCGUAGCCGAAAAGUACACAGAUCGCUAUGACAAUAUAAAUUUGGAUGAGAUCUUGAGCAACAGGCGUCUUCUGGUGCCAUACAUGAAGUGUAUAUUAGACGAAGGGAAGUGCUCAGCUGACGGAAAGGAGCUAAAGGGACACCUGACUGAGGCGUUACACAACGACUGCCAGAAAUGUACGGAAAAUCAAAAGAAAGGUUCGGGACGGGUGUUAUCACACUUAAUCAACAAAGAAGCUGAGUUUUGGCAGAAGCUUAAAGCCAAAUACGACCCAGAUAACAAUUACGCGCCAAAAUACGAGAAACAGUACAAACAGUAA